GGGGGUUCGCCAUGGCUGAUGGUGGGGAUGCGUUGCGCGCUGUGCUCCGCGCCGCCAACACCCUCCUGCAGCAGCGCCGCUACCAUGAGGCGCUCGCCGUCCUCAAGGGCUUCCGUAAUGGGGCCGUCUACGGAGCAAAAGUUCGUGCCCCACAUGCCCUGGUGAUGACUUUCCUGUUCAAGAGUGGAAGUUUAAGAGAGAAACUGAAAUCCAUUGCUCAGGCUACAUACACUCAUUCCCGGAACCUGGCCUAUUUUGUGUUCACCUACAAGGGGCUGAUGGCGUUGCAGUCUCGACUGCAAGGGAAAAAAGUCCCCUUUCAUUCUUUCUUUGCAGCCUGCAUUGGGGGUUGGCUGGUGUUUGGUGACAACAACCCCAUCAACAGCCAGAUUGUCAUGUACCUGCUGUCCCGUAUCCUCUUCGGCUUGUCCCGCCUGGCAGUGGAGAAGGGCUACAUCCCCCAGCCAAAGCAGGAUCCCUUCCCUCUCGUUGCUGCUCUGAUAUGGGGAACAGUUCUGUGGCUCUUUGAAUACCACAGGCAGACUCUGCAGCCUUCUCUGCAGUCCUCCAUGACCUACCUGUACGACGACAGCGAGGUGUGGCAUGACGUCUCCGACUUCCUCAUUUACAACAAAAGGACAGACAGCAAGUAGGUGGCUCACCAGAAAAGAGCUUUUUCCCUUCCAGCAGCAAAGGGAAAAGGUUGUUCUCUUGCUCCUGACUGGUGAUUUAUUUUUAAUUGACAUCUCUCCAGCAGAGCUGCCUUCUGUGGCCUGGCCAAAACAUUCCCAUCGGUCCUCUCUUGGCUCUGUUCAGAGCAAGGAAAUACCCACAGAGACUUGGUGCAGUCUGUUGUUUUUCUUAAGAGAGGCCUUACUUUCCCUGUGCUGUGGUUUUGAGGUUCUUGGGGGUUUUUAAGAAUUUAAAUAUGGUUAUAAAAUGGCAGUGGGGAGUUUGCCUCACCAUGAGAAAGUGUUUUGGGGAUCACCCCAAUGCUUACAGGGCAGAAGUGUUUUCCUGUGCUGGGAGAGGGGGAGCUGCUCAGGGCUGGAAACAGGGACAUUGUUUCUUUCUUCCUGUGGAUGACUGGAGGUCUCCUGUAAGCUAUGA